AUAGACAGAGAGAGAGAGAAGAAAGUCUCAGUCCCAAGUUCCCAACUUUAAUGGCUUUUUCUUCUUCGUUUCCUUUGAAUAUUAUUCUUCUUUAUUUGCUUGCUUUUACCAUAUGUUGUGCGACUCGAACCCUAGGCGCUAGACUGCAUCAGCAUCAUGAUCAUAUGAGACAGCAAAAGGCAGACCAGGUGACUGGACUCCCCGGACAGCCUCCAGUGAGCUUCAAGCAUUACGCCGGAUACGUUACCGUCAACCAGACUCACGGAAGAGCACUCUUCUAUUGGUUCUUUGAAGCCAUCAACAACCCUCAAGAUAAACCCCUCCUCCUUUGGCUUAAUGGAGGGCCUGGAUGUUCAUCAAUUGGGUACGGAGCAAUGGAGGAGUUAGGCCCUUUCUUCCCUCAAAAUGACACCAAACCCAAGCUCAAGUUCAACCCUUACACCUGGAACAAUGCUGCCAAUCUGUUGUUUUUGGAGUCUCCUGUUGGAGUCGGUUUUUCUUACACCAAUACUAGUCAAGAUAUUCGGGAACUUGGCGAUACAAUUACCGCUGAGGAUUCCUACAAUUUUAUCAUCAACUGGUUUCAACGGUUUCCACAGUACAAGUCCCAUGACUUCUACAUUUCUGGAGAGAGCUACGCAGGGCAUUAUGUUCCACAGCUUUCUGAGCUCCUUUUUGACAGAUCCAAGGAGAAUCGUAUCAACUUCAAGGGAUUCAUGAUUGGUAACGCAGCAAUAGAUGAUGAAACAGAGCAGAAGGGAUUGAUUGAUUAUGCGUGGGAUCAUGCUGUGAUCUCUGAUCGCUUGUACCUUGAUAUUCAGAAGGAAUGCGACUUCAGCCAACAAAACAUAUCAGAACAGUGCAACAAGCUGCUAGAUGAGUACUUUGAUGUGUACGAUAUCAUAGACAUGUACAGCUUGUACACCCCUACGUGCCUCAGCAACGCUAGCAGCAGCACCAACAGACACUCCCGUACGAUUCAAGGCGCUCCCACUCUGUUUUCCAGAGCCGACGUACGGCAAAAGAGACCUGCAGGAUAUGACCCUUGUACAUCAGAUUACAGUUAUGUGUAUUUGAACAGGCCUGACGUUCAAAAAGCACUUCAUGCCAAUGUAACAAAAAUCUCCUAUCCAUGGUCUCACUGCAACGAUAACAUCACGUUCUGGAAGGAUGCACCACCAUCAAUUCUUCCUGUAAUUGGAAGGCUUGUGGCUGGGGGUCUCCGGGUUUGGAUUUAUAGCGGGGAUACUGAUGGGAGAGUUCCGGUAACAUCAACUAGAUACGCAUUGAAAAAGCUCAGGUUGAAGAUUAAUGAAGAUUGGACUCCUUGGUACAACAAGCAGCAGGUUGGCGGGUGGAGAGUUGCGUACGACGGGCUUAUGUUUGUCACAAUUAGAGGCGCAGGCCAUGAAGUUCCGGUUUUUGCGCCCAGGCAGUCGCUCCUCCUGGUUGAACACUUCUUGGCUAACCGGAAACUCCCUUCGAAACCUUUAUAGCAUUCCUUAUCUUCUUCUUCUUCUUGAUGUCAAUAAGUAAACGAUUAUUUGGAAGCUUGGUUAGCCUCUGCCAUCAAUCGUACUAGUCAGAUUUCCUAGUCUUAAUUGGUGGAAUCUUUCAAACUUUGAAGCAGUUGCGUGAAACGAAUCUGCAAUACCUGUGCAUACAUUUAGUGGGGAACAGGACCCCUGUAACUGUAAGUUCACCAUAAACAAAAAUAGCCGUCCAGAUGCAGGAUUAGGCGUCGCCAUUUUUUCUACAGUAAGUUUUCGUUUAUUUGCAUCCCUGAGCAGGCAGCCACCAUAAACGAAAACUAACUGUAGGUCAUAGAAAACUACCAACCAUUUCGAAUCAUGUGUGAUCUAC